UUUAUUUUAACUUUGGGCCGAAACGGUACGUUCCAUUUACAGCUCACUCCUCAUUCUCUCUCUCUGUGAGUGUGCUUGACGAUGACGAAGCCAGCAGCAGGAUCCUUAGCAGGCAUGUUGACGAUGACAAAGCCGUCGGCAGGAUCCUUAGCAUCAAGAUCGACGUGGGUAUCCACCACCUCUGUGUCGUCCUCAGGGAAGAGGAUUCAGAGAGAGAUGGUAGAGCUCAACCUGGACCCACCUCCUGGCUGCUGUGCGGGGCCCAAGGGUGACAAUCUCUACAACUGGGUUGCAACCAUCAUCGGCCCCCCAGGAACACCAUACCAAGGUGGCAUAUAUUUCCUUGACAUUACAUUUCCCUAUGAUUAUCCAUUUCAACCUCCAAAGGUUGUAUUCAAAACUCGAAUCUAUCAUUGCAAUGUUGAUUCUGCUGGAAAUGUAAGUUUGGAAAUCUUAAAGGACAGUUGGAGUCCAGCUCUAACAAUUACAAAGGUUCUACAAGCACUUCAAUCCAUUUUCACAAAGCCUGAUCCUUAUAAUCCACUUGUCCCUGGCAUUGCCCAUUUGUACUUGCAAGAUGAAGCUAAACACGCCGAGCUUGCUGCUGAAUGGACGCUGCGAUUUGCUAAGUGAGGUUUACAUAGGAUCCACUCACACAGUACAAAGUAUUAGAUUCCAGCAACCUCUACAGAUUUGUUCAUUGAAGGAUGCUAUGUUAUCAACCUGUAUACUAUGAGCUUGUCAUGUUAUGUACCUGCUGAAUUACAACAGCCAUACAUAUACCAAAAAAAAAAUGAAAAGCAGAAUGCUUGUAACAUAUUUUUCAUCUUAUAUAUUAUAUGCGCCACUUAAGGAAUGGAUUGGUCAUAUUUGUAUUUAAUCAUUAACCUCCAGCAGUUUGCUGAUUGCUUGAUUAAGAAAUUGAUUAGUCGUAGACCUUUAUUUUUUUUAA